AUGUCACCUUCCUCAACACCGACCAUGUCCAGCAUCGUCUUCUCCGAUACACCGACGUCCAGUCCCGUUUCACUCGCUAUCCGAAAUUCCGAUUUCAGGCCAUCGGAGAUGGUUGAUGGAAUGGAAGCUGUGACAUACCCAAUUUUCACGGAGAUGGUAACUUCCGGCAAUCUGAGUUCUAAGUCCGAGCAGCCGGUGACUUGCAUCAUAGCAGAUGGGCUCUUCAGUUUUGCUGGUGGUGUUGCUCAACAGAUUGGAAUUCCACUGAUAUACUUCGAGACAAUAAGUCCUUGUGGCUUAUGGAUUCAUUUGUGUGUCCCCAAACUCAUCGAAGCUGGAGAGCUUCCAUUUAAAGGAGAUGACUUGGAUGCGAGGAUAACAUGUGUACCGGGCAUGGAGGGUUUUCUCCGGCGUCGUGAUCUUUCCAGCUUCUGUAGAUCCGGUGACCCGACUGACCCUCUUAUCAAACUAAUUUUGAAGGAGAACCAAUAA